AUGUCUUCAGGAAAUGCCAAAAUUGGGCACCGUGUCCCCCAGUUCAAAGCAACUGCUGUAAUGCCAGAUGGUCAGUUCAAAGAUAUCAGCCUAUCUGACUACAAAGGAAAAUAUGUUGUGUUCUUCUUUUACCCUCUUGACUUCACCUUUGUGUGCCCCACAGAGAUCACUGCUUUCAGUGAUAGGGCAGAAGAAUUUAAGAAACUCAACUGCCAAGUGACUGGUGCUUCUGUGGAUUGUCACUUCUGUCACCUGGCAUGGAUCAACACACCCAAGAAACAAGGAGGACUGGGACCCAUGAACAUUCUUCCCUUGAUAUCAGACCCCAAGCGCACCAUUGCUCAGAACUAUGGGGGAAGCCCAGACUAUGGGGUCUUAAUGGCUGAUAAAGGCAUCUCAUUCAGGGGCCUUUUUAUUAUUGAUGAUAAAGGUAUCCUUCGACAGAUCACCAUAAAUGACCUUCCUGUUGGCCGUUCUGUGGAUGAGACCCUGAGACUAGUUCAGGCCCUCCAGUUUACUGACAAACAUGGGGAAGUGUGCCCAGCUGGCUGGAAGCCUGGCAGUGAUACCAUCAAGCCUGAUGUCCAGAAGAGCCAAGAAUAUUUCUCUAAGCAGAAGUGAGCACUGGGCCAUUUUAGGGCCAGGCUGCAGUAGGUGGCCAUGAGAGCAAAACCUCUUCUGUACUAUUGUCAUGCUUAAAACACAAGACGUU